UCCUUGUUCUCUCAUAUUCUCACUCAGCAUUUUGAGAUUAAUAAGUGUUAAUAUUUAUUGGAUUUAAUUUUGUGUUGACUUGAAAACAAAGCAAACACUGUCCCAGUCCAUACCCAUCUAACCGUUCGAUCCCAAAGCUUUACGAAUCAGACGGUGGCCAUUGUUCCGAUGCAGAACCGUUUCGGUGCAGCGUCAUCUCCUUCCUGAGAACGAACCAGGAAAGUUCUUCCUAAAUCCACGCCUCCUGCAGACCCAUAUCGCUUUUCUUCUUCUUUCUAAUUCUCCGCCACCAAAUUUGCGAUCUUUCUGUGCCUCCGAAUCAUGGAGAAGGAAGAGAACGAACCCCACGUUCAGAAAAGUGGCGGCGAAAGCGAAGACGCUGAACCCAUAGAGCUCGUUCUCUUUCAAGUGCCCGAGUGUUACGUCUACAUAAUACCUCCAAGAAAGAGUGCAGCUUCUUACAGGGCUGAUGAAUGGGAUGUCAACAAAUGGGCAUGGGAAGGGAUAUUAAAAGUCACUAGCAAGGGAGAAGAAUGCAUCAUAAAACUUGAAGAUAAGAGCACAGGUGAAUUAUAUGCUCGGGCAUUUUUAAGAAAUGGAGAACCGCAUCCUGUGGAACCUGUUAUUGACAGCAGCAGAUACUUUGUUCUUCGCAUAGAAGAGAACAUAGGUGGUCGCCUUCGACAUGCUUUUAUUGGCAUAGGAUUCCGAGAAAGAACAGAGGCAUAUGACUUCCAAGCUGCCUUACAUGAUCAUAUGAAAUAUCUAAACAAAAAGAAAACUGCUGAAGAGAUGGAACAACAUUACCAACAAACUUCCUCAGUUGAUUACAGUCUGAAAGAAGGAGAGACUCUUGUACUUCAAAUUAAGACCAAUAAAAGUGGCAGCAGUGUGAAGUCCAAGUUUUUUGAGCUGGGUCUGAACAAAUCCCCCGAGGAAAAGAAUGGAGGGAAAGAAUCUAUACCUAGUAUUAAGUUACCACCACCUCCUCCAGCACCACUCUCACCUGUUUUCGCCGCGCAGAAGUCUCCAACAAACUCACCUACAAAACUCAGCCUUGAGAAAACUUCUAAAGUUGAGACUCCUAAAACAGUUAAAGAAGACACAGAGCAUGAGAAUUCUCCUGAAAAUCGAAGCACAGAGGAUGUACCAGAUGAUGAUUUUGGUGAUUUCCAAGCAGCAGGUUAAGCUAUCCAUCGUCGUGUGUUUUGAAUUUGUGAUGGUUAGAAAACAUACAAAAUUGUGACUCCUUGAACAUCUGGUAUAUACCAAAGACUUCUGAUUCAGUUUGGAGAAUCAAUUAUGUCCUUCCAGAUUGGAGAAAGUAAAUCCUACAUAGCCACCAACAAAAUAUCAUUAAAAGAAUCAACCUAUAUGCUUUAUCAUUGGUGAUUGUUUUUGUUACAUUGCGGGCUACUACUACGAGAGUUUUUCCUUGAUCUUGAGUCAAUUUAUUUCAGUUUUAUGCUUUGUUUAUAUUUCUCAGAGUUGGGAUGCCUGAGUAAUCAUUUAGUCGUACAUCAUAAACCGGGUUCAUUACUUUGUUAGAUAGCAUAAUUGCUGUUUUGAUGAAUGAACAAGAUUGAGCGUCUUGAACU